AGGAAACGAAUUGAAAGCAUAAAGUAGAAAAAGUAAAAAUUAGUAUAGAAUUGACGAACCUUUUUCUGUCAAUUCAUUAAAUGUAAGUAGCAAAUAAAUAAGCCUAAAUUCCACGACGCCACAAACAGCAACAAUGUUGUGCAAUCUGAGUCUAGGCAGCCACUGAAUUCAUAACUGUUAUAUGAAAAAAACGUCUCCCCUUUAAACACCUUCCUAAACCAAAACAUCUGGCUGUGCCCAUCAACAGUAUAGAGCAGCAGCACCGCGCCUUAUAGACACACUGACGCCGUUGCCGAAAAAGGUCAGAAUGGUUACACCGCAAUCGCCGACACCAAUGUUCAAUGGCCUGGACGAUGACCUGUAUAACGAUGCAAAGUACGCGCACGAAAUCAAUGACAAGAUGCGCGUGCCGAAGCGUAUCAAAGCCACGGGAGAGUUCUCCGACGAGGACCUGCUGCUGUCCAAUCAGAAUGGUUUAAUGACAUCCUGGAAUUAUCACGACAAAAUUGAUAUGAAUGUACCCGAUCGUAUAGUGGUCUUGGGACACAAUCAACAUCUAGAGACACGCUCGGCUCCACGAGAAAUUCAGCUAGAGAACUCAAUACUGCCCAAAAACCCAUCGACGGGCUUUAUGCGAGUGCAGACACCGCCGCGCGUCAUCACACUACAAGAUCAUCAUUUUCCCACGGCCUCCGAGCAGAACUCACCCAUAAAACCCAAUGGCUAUGGCCAUGAUUUGGAUGGCGAUUUAGACGAAGAUGAUGAGGAUCAACACGCCACACAAUAUGUGCGCUCCAACGGCAAUAUUCGCAUGGGUUUCCACAACAACAACGAUGCUAACUCGGUGGAAUCAGAUUCUCAGCUUACCACGGGCAGCGCGAGCAAGCGCUCGCAGCAUAUGCUGCAGCAGCAUAAUAAUCUGGAUGCCUCAAUGAUAUCGCAGCGCGAGGGCACACCCAUGGGCGAGCUGACACCGCAUGAGGAGAUCUUAUAUUUGCGACGCCAGUUGGCCAAAUUGAAUCGGCGCGUGCUCAACAUUGAGAUCAACAAUGAGCAGCGGAUGCAGCGUGAGAAGAUUGUUUACUGCCUUGGCCUGGCGUACUUUGUGCUGAAGACCAUUUUCUGGCUCAAUCGCAAUUAGAGGGUCAACCGGAAGCAACCUAUUGGUGCUUUUUCAACAUUGUUUCAUUGCUGCACACACACACAGCCACACACACACAUAGAGAUAAACAUACCAAUGCAGUUUUGUAUGUUGGAUUUUAGAGGAAGUGCUCUUGGGAAAGAGACUUUGUUUUUGUUCUUUGCCAUAUUCAUCAUAAGAUCAGUAAUAAAAUAAGCACAACAUCGUUUUGUUUUGUAAGUCGUGGAAACCAAAAUCAAAACAACAAAGUUUCAAUAAUUAAUUCCCAAAUCCUUUUAUUUUCUUACAAAAAAAAAUUGCAUGCUUCAUAUUUAUUAUAAAUGGUCCAAGACAUUCUUAUAAUGGACCAGCAAGCUGUCCCACUGUAAAUUUUACUUAAUAGUGCUAAACCGUGCUACUAUUACAUUUUUUAAUCUAUAUAGUUUUUAUAUGGCAUGUGUGUAAAAAUUGAAUCUGAUCUUAUCCCAGCAUAUUUGAUCUGAAUUCUUGUACUUUUGUUAAACGUUAGUUUUUAGUCGAAAACACUGUUACCGAUAAUCCCAUGAAGUGAUCGUUGAUCCCAACAACCAAAUAACAAAUUUGAAUAAUGGUAUUUGUAUGCUAAAGUCUCAUACAUUAGAUAAAUAAAUAACAUAAUAUAUGCUAACCCACAUACUUAUAGAAUUGUAUGCCUAUGUUUGAAUAUUAAAGAAGUUCUAAAGCAGCAGAUGAAAUCAUCUAGCGUUAGUGAUUAUUAAAAGUAAUACAUUAAAUAAA